AUGGGAGACGCUCUACGAGCUGCAAUUCGGAACGGCAACACAACAACGCUAAUCAUGGAGUUGACGAAAGACGAACAUGAUAAGAAGUUGGUGGUCCAGAAGCUGACGAAGACGUACGGUGGUACCAUCAACGAUACGGCCGACGGGGACGGUUUGUUCCGCAACACCUCUCCCCUCCUCCACGCGGCGAGACGCGGAAACGACGGAGUGUGGGUUUUCCUGGCCGGUGCUCUGGAGAAUCUGCCCCUGCUCUUGCUGCUGCAGAAGUGUGGGAUUCUGGGCGCGGAAAUGCUGCGAAAGGAUGCGCGCGGACACACGGUGCCGCAGCUCGCGGCCCUCAGCGGGAAUCAAGCAACAUUCAGCCGCGUACGGAAAGAAGUUCAACGUCUCGGCAAUGAUGAGAUUCACGACAUGCUAGGGGCAAAGGACACCAGUGGAAAGACUCUCCUCAUGGCCGCUUUCUCAAGCAAGGGUAAGGAGACGUUUCGCACAGCUCUCGAUCUUCCGAUGGAGCAGCUCACCAGACAGCAGGUGCAGCAGCUUACCAACGAAAGGGAUCAUGCCAAUCAAACACUGCUAUCGAUGGCGAUCGACUUCCAGGAUGCAGGGCUGUUUGAAUUCGUCCUGAACGAAUGCCGACGAGCUGAUGGCCUCAAAAAGGUCCUUGAUGUGUGGGACUUGGUAGGAUCGCCGCCCCCGAGUGGUUCACAGGUGGCCGAGACGGUUCCACUUGAUGAGAUUUUCUCGAAGUGUGCCGAACGGCAUCUCAGAAAACAUGCUGGGCGACCGUAUGGCCUGAGGCUUCUCUCUUCCCUCGUGGCAAGCUGCGCGCGUCCUUCACCGAGCCAUCUCAAGAAGCUCGCAAUAGCGCACGCCGGGGGAGAAAAAUUCAGGGACUGCUGCUUGGAUGCCGUGGCCUCUGCUUCCAACCCUUUCAUCCCGGGCUUGGUGCUGUCGAUACGCCUUGCCGAGGCUGCCGAAAAGACUAACGAGGGAGAACAAAGGGCCAUCACGGACGUCCAUGCUAGAGUUAACGAUCUCUUGCUUGAAAUCCUUGAGGGGUUACCUCGAUCGGUCAGAUCCUUUGAGAGGGACAUGGACGCCUCCGGCGACAUGUUUGAGCCGGCGUCUUUGCCUUCCAAGGACUUCGAAACGCCUAUGGAGAUGAUUCUUUCGAGACGGCAACAGACAGAAAUUUUCUGCAGUGCUCCUCUCGUCAUGGACUUCAUAAAACGGAAAUUCACCCUCGGCCUGCCAAGCAUGCGCGACAAGAAGGAGAUCCUUGCCGAUUCCAAGGAGAUUUUUCAUCUGAGUGGUGGGGAUGUGCGAGGAAACGUCUGCCUUGUUCUUGGCACGUUUGUUCCUAUCACGGUUGUGGACGCCGAUGUUCGGAGAGAGGACGGUCCUUUCAUUGAUUUGAAAGCCGAAGAUAUGGACAAAAAGGCUGCACGAGCAGACCACGGCCAGUUGUCCGCACAAGCAUGGGCGCACCCAACACUUCUCGGUAGCAAUUGCCUUCUUGCCAGCUUCAGAUCGCCUCGGGCACUUCUACAGGGAGCCAACGAUCGGCUUCCUUGCCUUACACCUUUCCCUGCAGCACAGUUCAUCGUCGCAGGCUUGGCUGCGAGGUCAAACGACUACUUCAGGGUACCGGUCAUGAGGAUGGUGCUGGACCUCGUCGUCUACCUUGGUGUACUCGUGGCCCUGAGUACUUUUGUGCUCUUCCGCUCACAGGCCGAGCAAUCGCGUGUCGACGGUUCCGCUGAUGAAGAAAUCGUGUUCAGGAAGCUUAACUGGUCCGAGGCCACUUGUGCGACGGCCGUCAUCGCGGGUGGAAUGUACCGGGAGUGGUUCGAAAUGGCAAGGAACUACGGCAGGUACUUGGAAGAUCAGUGGAAUGCUCUGGACUUGCUGGGCCUUCUGUUCUUUACCAUCGGUUUUAUCGCCAGAGUUGUCGACUGGACACAGCAAUUGGGGCCCGCGUUUUAUGCGCUGAGUGCCCCGCUGUUGGUGUCUCGUGCUCUUUUCUUCGUCCAGAUCCAUCCUCUCCAGGGACCGAUGGUGAUAUUCCGCAUGACGACGGUCCUGCUCAAGUUUGGGUUCGUCAUGGCCGUCGUCAUGAUAGGGUUCACCAUGGCUUUCCAUGUCCUCUUCCGCGACUUUGACAGCUUCGGCGAGUCGUUUCUGGAAUUAUUCAAAGCCAUGUUCGGUGAAACUACCUUCUUCAACGCAUUCUCAGGAGACACGUACGACGCUGUGGCGACGAUGUUGCUGGUGGUGUAUCUCUCCAUCGUCACGAUUUUGCUCCUCAACCUCUUGGUGGCAAUACUGAGCACAUCGCACUCUAAGGUACAAAAGAAUAUCGAUCGGGAGUUCAAGGCAUCGAUCGCGCGGAUGAUGGACCACUACCAGUUGGUCGUGACGAACGACAUUCUUCCGGCCCCGUUCAACCUACUGCAGUUGGUCGUAUGGCCGAUUGCUUGGUGUGUGGGCGGAUGCUGUGGGCGAUCAACGAGCGGGUCUCAGAGCACAAGGCAAGAACUUAAUCGUGGGAGGGAAGCAUACGAACGCGGUAAUAAAGCGAUCGGACCCGUGGUGUUCUGGGUCGUGCUGGGUCCCGUAGCUGUUGUUGGAGGAACACUCCUAUGGAUAGUAUCUACACCGCUUUCAGUGUACUUGUGGCGCAAACACCACAGAGAAGGCGACCGAAAGCGCUUAAGCCUCAUCUCGCUGGGUUGUCGGUAUUUUUUUAUCAUCCCGUUAUGGUGCAUACUAGGAGCCCCGGUGUAUCUCUUCGUGUUGUGGCUGGGCGCAUCUCGGCGAUUGUUGUGCCGUUGCAACUACGAUGUCAGCAUCGCACAUGCUGAAAGUGGGCAUUUCAGAUGCACAAUAGAAAGCAUACUGUUGGAAGGCCCUGGCGGAGUAGGCGCGAAAAAGUUGCGCGAAUUCCUUGACGACCCCAUGGAUGAUAAGGACGUACGCCAGGACGAGAGGGACAAAAGAACUACGGUAGAGCACGUCAAACUUCUUCGGAACCGCCUGGAGAAUACCAUCCAAGAUGAGCUGAGGGGACUGGAAAAUGCGCUGCACAAGCGGAUGAUGAAGGAGCUGAGUCAAGCCGCCAAUUGA